UCGAGAAAGGGCAGGCGUCGCGGGGCUGGCCACUUCCGCACUUCCGCUUUCCGGCCCAGCCAGCGCCCGCGAUGACUGCCACUCUUCGCCCCUACCUGAGUGCCGUGCGGGCCACGCUGCAGGCUGCCCUGUGCCUGGAAAAUUUCUCUUCGCAGGUCGUGGAACGACACAAUAAGCCGGAGGUGGAAGUCAGGAGUAGCAAAGAGCUCCUGUUGCAACCAGUUACCAUCAGCAGGAAUGAGAAGGAGAAGGUUCUGAUCGAGGGCUCCAUCAAUUCCGUGCGGGUCAGCAUUGCCGUGAAGCAGGCUGAUGAGAUAGAGAAGAUUCUGUGCCACAAGUUCAUGCGUUUCAUGAUGAUGCGAGCAGAGAACUUCUUCAUCCUUCGGAGGAAACCAGUGGAGGGGUACGACAUCAGUUUCCUGAUCACCAACUUCCACACAGAGCAGAUGUACAAGCACAAGUUGGUAGACUUUGUGAUCCACUUCAUGGAGGAGAUCGACAAGGAGAUCAGUGAGAUGAAGCUGUCAGUCAACGCCCGCGCGCGCAUCGUGGCGGAGGAGUUCCUCAAGAACUUUUAAACCAUCGGGCUGGAUCUCGCGGCCUUCCCCCUCAGACUCCCCCGUGUCUCUGCGUGUGUCUACGAAGGCGUCCUGGACUCACUCCCCAGAGUGGCGGUGGCAGCGGCGGCGGCGACGGCGGGGAGCUGGGGUGGGCAUUAGGUGCGGGAGGGGGUGGUGUGCUUGCUAGCUGGGCAAGAAAGCAGCAAUGGACGUGCCCCAAGGCCACACGUGCCUGGUCAGGCUGGCUUCUGAUGUUCAGUCCCCUGGGCCGGGACAGGUUUUUUUUUAACGUCUUGAAAUUUAAACUCUGUGCUUGUAGGAGACUGUAACCUUUUUGUCUUUUUUUUUUUUUUAAACAAACAACCUCCACCUCCAGUGGCCGUGACUGGUCUCAGUGAUUGUACCUUAUUGGUCGCCGUGGGUCUGGGCGGGCCUGGAGCCGAAGGCGACCGUUCUCCCUCCCCAGAGCCACCCCAGGCGGGGAGCGAGGAAGGUUUCAACUCCAGUUCCUCUCCCUGGCCCUCUUACUCCUGAGCCUCCGUGGGCCAAGUAGAAGUGGCGGGGACCCCCUGCCAGCUUCCUGAGCUCUGCCUGAGGAUGGCCAGCCAGUACUGGCUGGGGACAAGGGCUGAAUGGGUGACCACCAGCCAUAGCUAGAAGUUGCAACCCAACAGCCAGGCACCUUCGGCUGCGGUGGCCGCUGGUGGCCUCCCAGCUGCAAGGGGCCACCAUUUGGCCUCACCUGUCAGAGCAGUGCCUGCGCUCGAGGUAGAGGUGAGUCCUGCAGUGCUGCCUGGCCGGGCCUCGUGCCUGCUCUGGCUCCUCUGCUCCCACGCGCGCUGUCUUCUCUCCUGAUUCUGGUGGACCUCCCUCCCCUAAUUAAAGUCUCUUCUUGCCCCUUUGGGGCUGCAUGA